UCAGGGUUGCAGCAGAACAUCCCCCUUCGUCUUAUCCCCUUCAUCGUUUCUCUGUUUUUUAAGAAAAUCUCACGCAUCAUCCAUUUUCAUCCUCACUCUUCCCACUUUUUUUCCGAACUGUAGUUGUUUUUUGCGGCCAGUUGCAUGCAUUUUUCGUCUCCCAAAAUGGUUUGCGAGACUAAAAUUGUUGCGGACGAACACGAUGCUAUACCUGGGACCAAAAAAGAGUCGAUCAUGUGGAGCUCUCCUCCGUCCAGCGCGGCUCUGAAUCCCGCCGAGGCCAAGGAUGUGAGGAAAGAUGCGGUUUUUAUCCGCGAGUUCGAGCUCGGGGAUCAAGAGGAGGUUCGCCGCAUCUUUUACGAGGGUAUUAUGGAGAGGAUACCCAACACGGCGUUUAGGGGGAUCAGGCAGCAGCCCAAGACCCAGUUUUUAUAUGCUUUUCUGACAGUAUUGUGCUUUUUCGUGACCAAAUCCGUCACGCUGACCUGCUGUGCACCCCUCAUUCUCAUGGGUGCGCGCUACUACUACAGCAGGAAAGUUAUCCAGAGUUAUCUGGACUGUGCUCUGCACACGGACAUGGCUGACAUUGAGGCUUAUUACAUGAAACCCACAGGCUCCUGUUUCUGGGUGGCAGUGCUCGACGGACGUGUGGUGGGCAUCGUGGCGGCGCAGGGCCGUGAGGAUGACAACACGGUCGAGCUGCGGCGCAUGUCGGUGGACUCUCGCUACCGCGGCAAAGGCAUCGCAAAGGCACUGGGUCGUCGUGUCCUGGAGUUCGCGGUGCGCAACAACUACGCUGCUGUUGUCCUCGGCACGACGGCUGUCAAGUUGGCCGCCCACAAGCUCUACGAGUCGCUGGGCUUCCGCCGAACGGGCCAGAGCGAGGACUACAGGCUCCCCGGGAUGAGCCGCUCGCCGCUGGAGAGGCUCUUCUUCCAGAUCCGCUACAGUCGCUACCGCCUGCAGCUCCGUGAGGAGUGAGAGGUGACAGGGAGAGGGAGAGAGAGAGAUGGAGAGGGGGAGAUGGAGAAAGAGAGGGACAGAGACAGAGAGAGAGAGAACAACGACCCUCCUUCACCUGAGAGCCCCGACCGCAUCCUCUCCUCUGACAGCUUUUAUUUAUUUUGUGUCAUUAGAGAUAACUUCAAGUACUA